ACGUCACUUCCUGGCGGGGUUUUACGUGGUGGAAAUUCAAAGCGUCGGGUUCUGCUGCAGUUCGGGUGGUACUCAGAAGCGACGCCGGGACGCGUUCACUGAAGCCUUGUUAGCCAGCUGGUUAGCGCGACGACUCCGCUCAACAUUAACUGUGCUAAAUGAAACAAAACUGGACUGGAGCGCAAGAGACGGGAAACUACGAGGUGUACAGAGCCUGUAGCCACCAGCGACAGCGACACCUCAACCAGACGCUGUCCUGUCUGGCUGUUGCUUGGGUGAAACACAGAAGUUCAAAGCUGCUGGCCCUGAUUCAUACAAACGUGGGGCAUCCUGGUUCUGGGCCAGCUGAGCUUCAUCUGUAACCGCAUCUCAUCUGAAGCCGUCUUGCGCCGUUCUGUUCAGUCAGCGAUUUGAGAUGGAGCUAGCCAGUGACAUGGGAGAGCCAGACCACAGGGAGAAGGCUGUGGCACUGAAUGACUGUCAGCCUCCUGAAGACUCCAGUAAGGAUGAAGACACCUCAACUACAGACAUGCUAAGAAUUAAGGAUCAGAUGUCAAACCAGUGCUUUGAGAUGGUAGUUAAGCUUUCUGCAGGAAGUGGCAAAAAGUCCUGCAGCAUCUCUGAAGCUGAGAGAGAUUUGCCUGACUAUGUCAGUGAGUUAGAAGAUGCAAAGACCGUUCAUUUUAACAAGAUGAUAGCGCUGCACAGAAUGCAGAUGUGGCACGCUAUUGCCGAAAAACUGAAGCAGAAUGAUUCAGAGUCUGAGAAAAUAAAAGUUGUGAGUGAUCGUUGUAUGGGCCUCUGUUCACUUAUAAAAGACCUUCAACAGGAGUCAAGAGAGCUUGAGGAUCAAAUCACAGAAAUACAGAAGAAGAGGCUUGAACUGAAGCGGCUCCUGCACCAGAAGAUGAAAGAGAUGGACGAGUUGCUGCACAAGAAGGAUCUCCCCAGUAUGGACGUGUACAAAUCGGCCCGGGAGAAAGGCCAGGCUAACCUAGAGAAAUACAGACGAAUGGCUUUUAUGACGCAGAACGUCUUAAGGGGCAUGCUUUUGGCCUGUAAAGUGAAUUGGAUGGAUGACCCCAAAAUCCGAGACAUUGCUAUGACACUGGAGGACCUUCCCACCUGCGACUAGGACACCAGCUCAUGUUGAACACAUGUACUUCUAUACAUAAAUAUAUUUAUCUUGUUGUGUCCUUUAAUGUGUCUACUGUAACUUGUCAAUGAUGUGAUCUUAGUUCAUAACCCAUGCAAAUAAAGAGCU